AUGAUACCUAUCUUUUUCCACCCUUUAAUUCAUCCCCCGUCCACACCACCCCCGGUGCAGGUCAAAUCUAUCCCAUUCCCGUACAACACACCGGACCAAUUUGAGGCAGUGAUUGCUCAGCCUAUCUCACGCGAAUGGACCACAGAGAACACGCAUCGUGAAUUGACUCGACCGAAGGUGACCGUUCAGACCGGUCACGUGAUUCGUCCAAUUUCCAAAUCGGCUGCUCUGUUGCGUGACAAGGAUGUGGAACGAUUAACCAAACAGAGCAAAGACGUGUUGUAG